ACGCCACUGCUUGUAAUAAUGGCUUCUUCUUCAUCUUCUUCUUCAUGGGGGGAUUUUUCAUGGUUGCAUGGAGGAGUUUCGGACGAAUCGAGAACCAUCGUAGAUUACUCGAAUCUAUUCUUUGCCGUUGUUUUUUAUAUGGUUUUGAUUUUAACGAGGAAGAGUGGUUCUAGAGAGAGGAGGAGAGAUUGGAUUAGUAUAGCGAUUUUCGUUUCUUGUGUUGUUGUGAGUAUACAGUAUUACGGGGUUGUUAUUUAUAUCAUCGAAAGCAACGAUUUUAGUCGUACGAAUUGGUUUGCAUACUUUUUUCGGGGACUCAUUUGGACAACCUUAUCGGUGUCUUCGCUCGUUCGAGGAUCCAAACGAGCCUCAGUCCUAAAAUCGGCUUGGUGGAUCCUCUUUUUCGUGUCGAUUUCGGCACUAAACGCAGUUGAUUUAGUAAAAUCACACCGCGUAGAGGUUCUUGAAUUCGCACCUUGGGUUGCGAGUUUGUUUCUUUUCGUUUUCGCUUUAAGGAAUCUAUAUAAUAUUCUAUCUCAACCUGCAUUUGAUAGUAGCUUCUUGGAAUCUCUACUGCCGCCCGAGAGUAGGCGUUUCGAUUUCGAUUUAGGCGAGGCCUCGUUUUUAAGUAAAUUGACAUUUUCUUGGAUAAACCCUUUACUCCGUUUGGGGAAUUCUAGACCGUUGAAUCUCGACGACGUUUCUUCUCUGGGAUCGGAAGAUGAAGCCCUUGUGGCGUACAAGAAAUUCACCGACGAAUGGAAGAAACUCGAAACCGAAAAGGGCGCAAACGGUUCGACCAAUUUGGCGUUCGGUGUUAUUACAAGAGUUUACUGGAAAAACAUGGCGCUUGCCGGAAUCUGCGUACUUAUCAGGACGAUUGCAGUUGUGGCGACUCCGUUGUUUCUUUACGCUUUUGUCAACUACUCGAAUCUCGAGAACAAGAAUCCGAAAAAGGGUUUUUUCUUGGUUGGGUUGUUGGUCUUCUUGAAGAUUUUCGAGUCUUUAUCGAAUCGGCAUUUCUAUUUCUAUUCAAGAAGAAUAGGAAUGCGAAUGAGGUCAGCUUUAAUGGUGGCGGUUUACCAAAAGCAGCUCAAGCUCUCGAGUUUCGGGAGACGACGGCACUCGACGGGAGAAAUAGUGAACUAUAUAUCCGUCGACGCGUAUCGAAUGGGAGAUUUCCCGAUGUGGUUUCACGUCGGUUGGGCUUCGGUCGUCCAAAUUUUCUUGGCGAUAGCUGUUUUAUCGGCAGUUGUCGGCGUAGGCGUGCUUCCUGGUUUAGUACCUCUCGUUGUGUUUGGUUUUUUCAACGUCCCAUUUGCGAGACUUCUCCAAAAAUAUCAAACCGAGUUCAUGAUCGUUCAGGACAAGAGACUGCGGUCGUUGUCUGAAAUCCUCAACAACAUGAAGAUAAUCAAGCUGCAGUCGUGGGAAGAGAAUUUCAAGAACAUGGUUGAAUCGUAUAGGAGAAGCGAGUUCGAUUGGCUGUCUCGAACUCAGUACAUGAAAACGUAUACAACAGUGUUGUAUUGGAUGUCCCCGACGAUUGUUUCUUCGGUCAUAUUCUUUGGAUGCGUGUUCUUCAAGAGUGCCCCGUUAGAUGCCGGCACGAUUUUCACGGUGUUGGCUGCAUUGAGGAGCAUGUCCGAGCCUGUCAGGUUCUUACCCGAAGCUAUUUCCUCUCUGAUUCAGGUUAAGGUUUCGUUCGACAGAAUUAAUUCGUUUCUGCUCGAAGACGAACUCAAGCAACAAGAUUCGGUAAUAAUAGCUCCGAAGGAAAAUUUAGAACACGCCAUUCGUAUUCAAAAUGGUUGUUUUAGUUGGGAUUCAGACACAGAAACUCCAACUUUAGGAGGUAUUACAUUGGAAGCAAAACCCGGGCAGAAAAUCGCAGUUUGCGGGCCCGUCGGCGCUGGGAAAUCGUCGCUUUUGUACGCUAUACUCGGCGAAAUACCGAAAAUAUCCGGAACCGUUAGCGUUGUUGGAUCGGUGGCAUACGUGUCUCAAGCUUCUUGGAUUCAAAGCGGGACUAUUCGUGAAAACGUGCUCUUCGGAAAGGCGAUGGACAAAAUAAAAUACGAAGAAGCGAUUAGAGUGUGCGCGUUGGAUAAAGAUAUCGAAACCUUCGACUACGGAGAUUUGACUGAGAUCGGACAACGAGGCCUUAAUAUGAGCGGUGGACAGAAGCAGAGGAUUCAGCUCGCUCGAGCAGUAUAUAACGAUGCGGAUAUAUAUCUUUUCGACGACCCUUUUAGUGCUCUGGAUGCGCAUACAGCGGCAUCACUUUUCAACGAUUGUGUAAUGACUGCUUUAGCAAAGAAGACUGUGAUUCUUGUGACUCAUCAAGUGGAGUUUCUAAAUAAUGUCGAUAAAAUUCUGGUUGUGGAAGGAGGACAAGUUACUCAAUCGGGAAGCUACAACGAACUGAUGAUCGACGGAACAACCUUCGAACAACUUGUUUUCGCUCAUAAAACUACCAUAGGAUCGUUCGACGCUUCCUCAGCUGGUUCAAACGGAAAUCUAGAUCAGCACGACAACAAUAAAAACCAUCGUAGUAGUGAACAAGAAAGAGAAGAAGAAAAUUUAACGAACACUCGUCGGACUCAGUUGACGGAGGAAGAGAAGAAGGAGAUCGGAGAUGUUGGGUGGAAGGCUUUCCGGGAUUACGUCUCGAUUUCGAAGGGGUUCGUUUAUUGCUGUUCGUCUACAAUAGCUCAAUCUGGUUUUGUGGGUUUGCAAGCUGCUGCGAGUUUCUGGCUAGCCUUUUCGGUUCGAAAUACCGAAAGAAGCAGCGUUUUCGUCGUCGGGAUUUACACUCUAAUUUCGUCACUUAGUGCUGUGUUCGUGUACUUCAGAUCACUUUUCGCGGUUCUUUUAGGGCUGAGAGCUUCGAAAGCAUUCUUCUCGGGUUUUAUUAACUCAGUCUUUAGUGCUCCGAUGCUCUUCUUCGACUCUACCCCUGUAGGAAGAAUACUCACUCGUGCAUCGUCUGAUCUAAGUGUACUAGAUUUUGACAUCCCUAUCGGGUUUGCGUUUGUGAUGGCUGCCUUAACAGAGAUGCUAGUAACAAUCGGCAUUAUGGCGUCGGUUACAUGGCAAGUUCUCUUUGUGGGCAUUUUUGCUAUGGUUUCUUCUAAAUAUGUCCAGGGAUACUAUCAAAAAUCGGCCGGAGAAUUAAUGAGAAUCAACGGAACUACGAAAGCCCCCGUAAUGAACUACGCUUCCGAAACAGCACUCGGUGUCACUACAAUACGAGCGUUUAAAGCAGUUGACAACUUCUCCUCAAACUACCUUAAACUCGUCGAUAAAGACGCAAAAGUGUUUCUAUCCUCAAACGCCACGCUGGAAUGGCUCGUCUUGAGAACCGAAUCGCUCCAAAAUCUCACUCUUUUCACCGCCGCCAUUUUCUUGAUCUUGGUUCCCAAUAACUCUAUUGCUCCAGGGCUCGUGGGACUCUCUCUUUCGUACGCAUUUGCACUAACCGGCACGCAAGUGUUUUUAUCGAGAUGGUAUAGUAGCUUAGCCAAUUAUAUAGUUUCCGUCGAAAGGAUCAAACAGUAUAUGAAUAUACGGCCCGAGCCUCCAGCGAUCAUAGAAGAUAAAGGACCACAAAUAUCAUGGCCUACAAAAGGCAGAAUUGAGUUGCUCGAUCUAAAGAUAAGAUAUCGGCCUAAUGCUCCGAUAGUGCUAAAGGGAAUAACAUGCACUUUCGAAGAAGGGAAGAGAGUGGGGGUCGUCGGAAGGACCGGAAGUGGGAAAACGACAUUGAUUAGCGCAUUGUUUCGAUUGGUCGAGCCUUACAGUGGCAGAAUUGUAAUAGAUGGGAUCGAUAUUUGCUCGAUCGGCUUGCGGGAUUUGAGGUUGAAACUCAGCAUUAUUCCUCAAGAACCGACUCUUUUCAGAGGAAGUGUUAGAACAAAUCUUGAUCCAUUAGGACUAUACUCCGACGAUCAAAUAUGGAAGGCCUUGGAGAAAUGCCAACUUAAAGAUACAAUCAGUAAACUCCCAAACUUGCUUGAAUCUUCAGUGAGCGACGAAGGGGAGAAUUGGAGCAUGGGGCAGAGGCAGCUGUUCUGCCUAGGAAGAGUGCUUCUGAAGAGGAACCGAAUAUUGGUUCUCGACGAAGCAACGGCUUCGAUCGAUUCAUCGACGGAUUCGAUAUUACAGAAGAUAAUCAGACAAGAAUUCGCAGAGUGUACCGUAAUAACUGUGGCACACAGAGUUCCAACGGUUAUUGACAGUGACAUGGUCAUGCUCCUCUCUUACGGGAAGGUGGUUGAGUAUGAUGAGCCUUUGAAGCUAAUGGAGACAGAAUCUUCAUUUGCAAAGCUUGUGGCUGAAUACUGGUCCAGUUGCACAAGGAUUUAUUAGUUAUUAGUUUUCAUAUUGCUUUUAUUUUAUUUUAAAUUAUCAUAUUUUAUUGAUGUGCAUAUUAUUUUUAUUAUUAACAUAAAAAAUAAUGAUAGAAAUUGGAUAUACAGAUAGUUAAGGUCGAAAAAGAUAGAGAAACGUAUUUUUAAUGAAGAGAACAAAAGUUACAACAGA